AUGCGCACAUACAUAUACACGCCUGAAAGCAUCUUUCUUAAUUUUCUUGAGCAGACCGACAUAGACACAGGUACAUAGGUACCAGAGGCCACGAUGCCAACGGAGAAGCUCAUCACAUUCGAGAGUGACGUGGAUAAAAGUGACAGCAUUUACUAUGUUCAAAUUGACGUGGAUGGAAAAAGACAGCGAGAAGAGAUGGUCAAAAAGAAUCAAGAAAAAAAAAGUAAAAUGGACAAGGGACAUGUGCAGAGGCCACGGAGAAAAUCCAAUUAUUUUCACAAUACCAAAAGCAACGGGAUAAAAAAAGCAGGAGAGGAGGUAGAGGUAAAGGAGUUUCUCAAGGAAAGAAAUUGCAAUGCGAACAAGAAGACCAAGAAACAGCAGGGGGUAACAGAAAAAGAAGAGGAGGAGAAGAACCUGGAAAUGAAGCAAAAAAACAAUCUAGGGAAGAUGAAAAAGGGAAGGAAAUGGCCAAAGGACAGCAUCUCUGACACGAGCUCUUCAUCAGAUGAAGAGUUGUUGGUAGACUCUCUGAGUGAAGAGGAAAUGGAGAAACUCAUAAAAGCCAUAAAUGAGAGGAAGAAGCUCAUCGCCACACUGAAAGCACAACCUUGGCCAAUGAAGAAGAAACUGUCUACGCUCAGGAAGUCCCAAGCCUUUAUAGAAAAGUAUGAAGGCAUUUUAGGAAAAACCAACAGGAGGAGAUUCUACACUUGCAAAGCCAUGAUGACGAAGAAAUGGAUGAAGUUUCAGAGACACUUUAAUAACUUUAAGAUGGCCUGCAUUCCAUGGGAGAUGAAGAUCAAGGAAAUUGAAAGUCAUUUUGGUUCAGCAGUAGCUUCAUAUUUCAUAUUGCUCCGAUGGAUGUUUGGCAUCAACAUCAUUCUCUUUUGCUUGUCCUUUGGGCUUGUUAUGUUUCCUGAGGCCUUAAUGGGGCUGCCAUAUGGGAGUAUUCCCAGGAAAACGAUCCCCAGAGAGGAACAAGCCAUUGCUUCAAACUUAGAUAUCAUAUGGGACAUUGAGGGUUACCUUAAGUAUUCUAUAAUGUUUUAUGGCUACUACAACAACCAAAGAACAAUCGGUUGGCUCAGGUACCGAAUGCCCCUGUGCUACUUCCUGGUUGGGGUGGCCGGCAUGGCUUACAAUUUCAUGGUGGUCAUUAAAACCAUGGCACGUAACACCAGUGAAGACAGCGGAGAGGAUGAUAACAACUUCAAUUACAGCUGGAAAAUAUUCACCAGUUGGGAUUACCUAGUUGGAAACCCAGACACAGCCAACAGCAAGUUUGCCUACAUUGCCACAACUUUUAAGGAAGCACUUUGUGAGGAGAAGCUUGGCAAAAAAGAUGAAAGCAUCCGCAUGAAAGUGUUCAUCCGUGUCACGGCCAAUAUCCUGGUUCUUUUCAUCCUGGGUGGAAGUGGGUAUCUAAUCUAUUUUGUAGUGCACAGAUCUGAAAAGUUUAUCUAUGAUGGGAUGAACCAUUUCAGCUGGUGGGAGAGAAAUGAAGUGAACAUAGUGAUGUCUCUGUUAACCACAUUCAUUCCGAUGUUGUUUGACGCAAUAGGCAUUUGGGAGGAUUAUCACCCGCGCAUUACCCUGCGCCUGCAGCUGGCCCGUGUCUUUACCCUUUACGUAGGCAACCUCUACAGCUUCAUCAUAGCCAUCAUUGACCAGAUCAGCAUCAGUAGGGGUCAAGAAGAAGCAAUGAAAUUAAAUCUGACCAUAUGGGAGGCUAACAUGCAUAACAGGUCCAUAGCGCAGAAUUCAACUGGUGGUCCUAUCAGAGUGGAUCCUGCAGAUGUACCCAGAGGGCCUUGCUGGGAGACUAUGGUGGGACAGGAGUUUGUACGUAUGCUGCUUUCAGACACAGUAACUACUUACGUAGUCAUUCUGAUCAACGACUUUGCCCGAGCAGUCAUUAUUCGUUGUAUCAACCACUGCUGGUGCUGGGACUUGGAGUACACCUUUCCAUGCUAUUCCUUGUUCGAUGUGAGUGGGAAUGUGCUCACUCUCAUAUUUAACCAGGGGAUGACUUGCAUGGGGACAUUUUAUGCCCCGUGCCUCCCCGCGCUCAACCUCAUCCGACUGCAAACGUCCAUGUAUUUACAAUCCUGGGGUGUCAUGUGCUGCAACAUGCCUCAUCCUCGCAUCUUUAAGGCCUCACGUUCUAGCAACUCCUACAUGUCCCUACAGCUGCUCAUCCUCUUCGUCUCCACACUGCCCACCAUAUUCACCAUCGUCGCUUUGCGGCCAUCCUUCGACUGCGGGCCUUUCAGUGGGAAAGACCGCAUAUACGACGUGAUCCCAGAGUCUCUGCAGAUGGAUUUGCCAAAAUGGUUAGCAACGGCGUUCAGCUAUCUCUCAAACCCAGGACUGGUCGUGCCUUUCCUAUUGUUCCUGAUCCUCACAAUCUAUUACCUAUACGCCACAUCUAAAUCAUUCAAGCGGGCCAACACUGAUCUAAAAACCAAACUGCGGAUUCAAAGAGAGGAGAAUAGAAACUGGAACAAACAUGUAGCAAGGAAGACAGCUGAACAGACACAAGAGGACAAGCAGAGCAACAAUAAUGCCUCUAUAAAAGACACCAGGAAAAGCAGUGGCCAGAGUUCUUAUCUUUCUCCUCCUCCACAUUUUUACAAUGGAGAUCAGUGUUCUGACCUGAAACUCUCCCCCCGAUCUCCUUAUGUUCAAACCUCAGCACCUCAGUCUCAUCUCAUACACGGGCAACUACCAGGAUUUCCACCAUAUUAA